AUGGCGCUCAGUAUCGACCAGAAGCGCUUGAAGGCUACGAAGUUCCCUCCGGAGUUCGAUCGUAAGGUUGACAUCGAGAAAGUCAACAUUGAUUUGAUGAAGAAGUGGAUUGCGCAGAAGAUCACGGAUAUUCUGGGCGACGAAGACGACAUUGUCGUCGAGACAUGCUACAAUCUAGUCGAACAGAAUCAGUUCCCCAAAAUUAAAGAGAUUCAGAUACAGCUCACCGGCUUCCUCAACAAAGACACCCCAGCAUUCUGCAAGGAGCUAUGGGACCUGAUGCUCAGUGCACAGGAUAGCCCUAUGGGUGUGCCAAAGGAGAUGCUCGAGGCGAAGAAGCUUGAAUUGCAGCAAGAGCAGGUAAGGCUACACGAUAUGCCGUACAGAGGUGAUAGCUGA